GAUCAGAGUAAGAUCAGUGGGAGGAUUAGUGCACGCCACACCUGCCUUGAUCAUCUCUCUUCUUUGCUCCACUCCACUUUUCUCUCCGUUUUUCUUUUAUUGAAGACAAGUGAUAAUACGCAAAGAUGGGACGUGCAGAAGUAGGAACGCCGAAAUACAUCGCAAACAAGAUGAAGUCGAAAGGUCUCCAACGACUCCGCUGGUAUUGUCAAGUCUGCGAAAAACAAUGCCGCGACGAAAACGGCUUCCGCUGCCACACGCAGUCCGAGGCGCACGUGCGCCAAAUGAUAAUCAUCGGCGAAAACCCACAAAAGAAGAUCUCCGAGUUCACGCAGCAAUUCGUGCGCGACUUUAUCGCGCUGCUGCGGUCCUCGCACGGCGAGAAGAAGAUCAACGCAAACAAGUUUUACCAGGAGUACAUCGCGGACCGGAACCACGUGCACAUGAACGCGACGCGGUUCGUGUCGUUGUCGGAGUUUGUAAAGUAUUUGGAGAACGAGGGGGUGUGUAAGGUUGAGGUUGAUGAGAAGAGUCGCGAGGGCGGGUUCACGAUUGCGUAUAUCGAUAAUUCGCCCGAGGCGAUCAAGAGGCGGGAGAUCGCGCAGAAGCGGGAGAGGAGCGGGGAUGAUGAUCUUGAGCGGGAGCGCAGGUUUCUGGCGGAGCAGAUCAAGCGGGCGCAGGAGGAGCAGGAGAAGAAGAAAGAGAGCGAGAGUAACAGCAAUAGCGGGAGUGAGGAGGUCAAUAAGCAGGCGACGAAGGAGUUGCAGAGAGAAGGAGAACAGCCGAUUAAGAUCGGGUUUAGUCUCGGCGGAGGGAAAGCUUCGGGACUUGCAAAGAGGGCACCGGCUGUGCCGCUGAAUAGGCCAAAGAAGCUGCUGAAAAUGAAAUAGCCUACAUGUACAUCAUCUUUUGUUUUGAGUUAUGAUCUUUUGUUUCUUUAUUUCUUUAUUGGGGUUCAGGUGGCGCACUAUUUCAAUCUAUUGUCAACAGCAAAUUGUAUUAU